AAUGCAUCUUUGUAGAAGGUCCUCUGUCUGGUCCUCUGUCUGUUCUGCAUCUUCAAUGACACAAUUAAAUUCAGUGGUUGUUAACCAUCUGCUAAUUUUUCAUAUCUGAAGAGUGAAGGGCAAGCAAUUGAAAGUUCCCCCUGUUCAAAUUGCCAAGAAACCAGGUUGGUAGCUAGUUCUAUGGAGUAGGCCCAGUAGGGACAUUCACUUUACAAGAAGAAGUGUAUUCCGAACAAGAUGAAGCCAAGACACAAAAAGCAAUAAAAAGAGAGAAGACAACCGAUGUUUUGCCACUUUAUAGAGUAUUUGUUUAGUUUCAUUCAUAUUUUGUGUUUUCUGUGCAGUAGAGAAACCGCACAACAGAAAGAACUUCUCGUCUACUGUACAUCCAAGAGCCAAGUCUUAAAAUGAUGAUGAAUCCUUUGGGGAGUACUGUGGCGAUGAGCAUGGGAGGAACCUGUAUGCCUUUUCCUACUUCAACUCCACAAUGGAAAUAUGAUGUCUUCUGGAGUUUUAGAGGUGAUGAUGCCCGCAAGGGUUUCACCGCUUCCUGCACACAUUCCCACCGUUCAAGUCCUCCAUGGAAACCUGAAGUUUUUUUAAGUUUUAGAGGUGAUUACACUCGGAGGCGUUUCAGAGUUGCCCGUGCAUUUUUCUCCCCUUCAACUCCUCAAUGGAAAUAUGAUGUAUUUUUGAGCUUUAGAGGUGAAGACUCUAGAAAGGGAUUCACAGACCACUUAUACACUGCACUGGAAAGUCAUGGAAUAAUAACUUUUAGGGAUGACCCUAAACUUCAAAAAGGGGAAUCUAUUUCUCCCGGACUUGUUACUGCAAUUGAAGAAUCAAGAUUUGCACUCAUUGUUCUCUCGGAAAGUUAUGCAACGUCGUCAUGGUGCUUGGACGAACUUUUACAUAUUCUUAAAUGCAUGGAAGCAAGAGAAGCAGUGCUACCAAUUUUUUAUAAUGUUGAUCCCUCUAAUGUAAGAAAGCAAACAGGAUGUUUUGCAGAAGCCUUCAAUAAACAUGAAAAAGACAGGGUAGACGAAAAGAAGGUGCGAAGUUGGAGAUAUGCUUUGGCGAAAGUGGCAAAUUUCUCUGGGUGGGAUUCAAAGGACUGGUCUGAAGCAAAGCUUGUCAAAGAUAUUGUUCAAGUGGUAUGGAAAAAGUUGCGCCCAACAUUAUUAUGUCAUGUGAGCGACUUUGUUGCAAUCGAUUCAAGGUCGAAACCAAUUAUUGAUUUGUGUUUAGAUGCAACGGUGAAUCAUGGUUGCUUUAUUGGGAUAUGGGGGAUGGGCGGUAUUGGUAAGACAACUAUUGCAAGAGUUGUGUACGAGAGAAUCUCUCAUGAGUUUGAGUUCCAAAUAUUUCUAGCUGAUGUUAGAAGUAAUGUCGAAAAAGGUGGUCUACCUCACCUGCAAAAGCAACUUCUUUGUAAAAUCGGCAUGGAAAAGAUUGACAUAUGGGAGGUUCAUGAAGGAGCAGCAAUGAUACGCAGGUUUCUACGUGGCAAAAAGGUUCUUUUAGUUCUUGAUGAUGUGAACCAUUUGCAUCAAUUAGAAUAUUUGGCUGGAAAUCAAGAGUGGUUUGGAUUGGGGAGCAGAGUUCUCAUUACAUCAAGAGAUGAGCAUUUGUUAUUUAAACACGGAGUGGAGAGACGGUUUGAGGUUGAAGGACUCAAUAACGAUGACUCUCUUCAACUUUUUAGCUGGAAUGCCUUUAAGAAAGAUUGCCCUGAACCAGGUUUUGUUCAUUUGUCAAAUCGUGUGGCCAAUUAUGCCAAAGGUCUUCCACUAGCUCUUAAAGUCUUGGGAUCUUUUCUGCACGGAAGAGGUUUAACAGCAUGGAAAAGUAUGUUGGAUAAACUAGGCAAAAUUUGUAAUUCAGAAGUUUUUGAGACACUUAAAAUAAGUUACGACGGUUUAGAUGACAAUGAGAAGAAUAUUUUUCUAGACAUCGCAUGUUUCUUUAGUGGAGAGACCAAAGAUCAAGUAAGAGAGGUACUUGAAGCUAGCGGUUUUAAUGCACAUAUUGGAAUUGAUGUCCUUGUUGAGAAAUCUCUCUUAACUGUUAAUUCAGUCGGUGAGCUAUCGAUGCAUGAUUUACUCCAAGAAAUGGGUCGAGAAAUUGUUCGCCAAGAAUCUCCUGAUGAUCCAGGCAAGCGUAGCAGGUUGUGGCGUAGAGAUGACAUCAAUCGUGUCCUGAGCGAAAAUACAGGAACAGAAACAAUUGAAUGUAUAAUCAUGGACCCAGAUGAGCAAGGAGCAGUCCAAGUGAAUGCUAAAUCCUUUUCAAUGAUGAAAAAACUGAGAUACCUCAAGCUAUAUGAUACGACCCUCUCUAACGGGCUUGAAUAUCUUCCCAAUAGUUUGCGGUUCCUUGUAUGGCACAACUUUCCUCUAAAAACUUUGCCAUCAUCUUUCUGUCCAGAGCAUCUAGUGGAACUUCGCAUGAUCUUUAGUCACCUUGAACAUCUUUGGAAGGGAAUAAAGCAUUCAUACAAUUUGAAAAUCCUUGAACUUUCUAACUCUCCAAAUCUUGUGGAAACCCCCGACUUCAGAGGUAUGCCAAAUCUUGAGCGUCUGAUUCUUGAAUUUUGCAACCUGUAUGAAGUUGACAAAUCCGUGGGAACGCUUGAAAGACUUAAGGUUAUGAACUUGAGUGGUUGCCAAAACCUUGCGCGUCUUCCAAGAAGUGUAUCUGGCUUAAAGUCUCUGGAAGAUCUUGAUGUUUCUUUUUGCUUGAGGCUUGAAAAGUUGCCAGAAGGCUUGGGCCAUGUUGAGAGUUUGGAACGGCUUGAUGUGCGUGAAACUGCUAUAACUGAACCACCUUCUUCCAUUGGUCUAUUGAGAAACAUGAAGGAAUUAUAUUUCGGCAGAUAUCAAAAAAGAAGUCCAAGUCGCGCACAUUUGCGGUUGCCUUCUUUAUCUGGUUUGCAAUCUUUAACGCACUUGAGUCUAAGUAACUGCAAUCUUUUGGAAGGAGGAAUUCCAAAUGAUAUCGGCUGCCUCUCCUCAUUAAGGUAUUUGGAUCUAAGUGAAAAUCCUCUUUCUAGCUUACCCAUGAGUAUUUGUCAACUUUCCAAACUUGAAUACCUUGGAGUGUCUAGUUGCAACAGUCUUCAAACAUUAAUCCCAGAGCUUCCUUCUACAAUAUCCUGUGUUGAAGCUUACAAUUGCGAGGCACUGGAAUCAGCUCGUGUAGACGUGAUUAAACUUUUUGCUAACUGUUUCAAGCGGGUGGAGAUGCAAGUUUGCACGAGUACGCAUCGUCCUGGUUUAGGAUGCUUGUUUGUAGUUCCUGGAAGUGAAAUUCCGGAGUGUUUCAACCACAGAAGUGUGGGAUUGUCAAUCAGCGUCAAGCUACAUCCAGGGUGGUCUACUGACCAGAAGUUAAAGGGAUUUGCGGUGUGUGGGAUCUUCGGGAGGAUGCAUCGUUAUUUAAAUGUCCUCAAACUCAGCAUCAAUGGAAAAGCAUGUUUAAUGGCCCAGCAGAGAACCGAUCUUUUAAGGAGAGACCACCUUUUGUUCUUCUUCCUUCCACGGCAUGAAUUCUUUACCGGCAAUGAGUGGCAGAAUAUCAGUGAGCUUGAAUUUUCGUUUGAGCAUAAGCACAAACCAAUGCGGGAAGAGAUGAUAUCUGGGAUUGGGAUGUGUUUAGUGUACGAGGAAGAUGUAGAAGCGGUUAUUUGAGGCAAGGGUUUGUUAGAAUUCGUGAAGGGAUCUUGAAUUCCUUGAUAGCCAUUUGCAGCAGCUUGAUAAUUUUUUUUGCAAUUUUAUAGCAAUUUGGUCAACAGAGGUUGUUCACAUAUGUCGAGGAAACUUAUAUAUUAUUGUGUUUUUCUGGUCUGCAGCCAAAUAAAUGGGUCCAACGGUUUGUUGGGGGAAAUAUUAUUACAAC